UACAUGCGACUAAACAAAGCUAGCGUGGGCUUCCCCGCGCCCAGUCCCACCUCGCAGCAAGCGUUCAGCCCCAUUUCCAAUCCUACACCUCGCCUAAUAGCGCCUGCAUUAGCCUUGAGCCUGAACGCCUCCACUACUAGACCCAAGCCGUCCAUCCCCCAUGGCAAACGCAACCAAGACCUGCGCCCACUGCGCGAAAACCGCCGAAGCAGCAGGCCUCCCCAACCUACAAGCCUGCGCGCGCUGCAAGACGACUGUAUACUGCGACCGCACCUGCCAAAAAGCCGACUACAAGGCCCACAAGCCCGCCUGCGCCGCGCCGCGCGCCUCGCACUCCACUACCUCCUCGGCGCCACUGCGCCCGCUCGAGCACCACGUGCCCGACCCCUUCACCCGGCUCGAGCACGGCACGUUCUUGCACGCGCGCCCUGAGCCCGACACGUUCGCGCUGCUGAUCGACGCCUUCCGGAUGCGGCAGGCGGACGACUUCGCCUACGAGACCAAGACGACGCCGGGGAGCGUGUACACGGGCGCGGCGACCAGCGCGGCGGCGUUCCGGCAGUUCCUCGCGCGUGCGGCUUCGCGCAAGGGCCUGCUGCCGCCGUGGUGGAGUAAGGAGAAGGAAGAGGCGUGUGUGGUCUUCGGCGGGGGCGGGGCGUGGAGCAAUCUCAGUAAGAAGGCGACGAAGCAGGGGGUUGUGCGGCACUACGGGGACGAGAAGGCGCCGAUGCAGUUGCGGUUGUUGGCUGAGGCGGUCUAUGGCGUGGGUACGAUGGGGCAGAGUGGGGCGGCGAUGCGGAGGAUGAUGAUGCAGAUGGAGAGCGGGGGGAAGGAUGGGUAUGUGGCGAGUAUGUUUGAUGUCAGCCAGAGACGUUAGCGGGUGGGGAGUGCGGCGCGGAUACAGCAUUAUGCGGGCAUAUGCAGGCGCAUAGAUUAGCACAUAGAAUAGCACAUAGGGCUGAG